UUUAGUGACACUGAGUAUCCACGGUGCUUACGUCAUGAUACAGAAGAAAAAUGGCGGUAAUUUUUUCAAAGAAAAGACGAUGUGUAACUCACUGUUGAAAUAAAAAAGAUCACAAACAGAAAAUGAAACAGUUUGACACUAUUGCAAGAUGGGAUAAGCUGAAAAGUUGGAGGGUUUUGAGUGACGAGAUUGAGGACAAACUAAAGGCAGCGGAAAAGUCUGAUCAUGGAAUGACGCUUGAUAUUGGACCACAGCUUUUGUAUACAUUGCGUCACCCUAGUUCAUUGAAAUGUAUGCAUCACUCAUCUUCAAAACUUGGAGAAAUGUUCACCUGCCACUAUAACAAGGGGGCUGUACAAGGGGUUCGUGUGUGGCUUGUCGAAACAAAGGACAAAGAAGGGGCUUGCAAGAAUAAAGGGUUUGAGAUAGAUUGUGAGAUUUUGUGUAUGACAUACGUGUCUAAACACAGGGUAUACCUAGUAUUCUCUUCUGAUCUGACUCUUCGGGUGUUUACAGACGCUCGCAGUAAUUUUGUGGAAAUUGAUCGUGUAACUUGUAUGGCAACAAUCUUAUGUUUGAUAUACAACAAAUGGGAGGAUGAGGUGUAUGCAGGAGGUGCAGGUUUUAUAGAGGAGUGGAAGGUCGUAGGAGCUGAGCAUGCAGCUUCAGUGGUUCCAGGAAAGAAGUUUUUCACUGAUCUUACUAUAAAUGAUUGGAUACGGAACAUCAAAAUUUUGAAAGAAAAUAAUCAUAUUAUAGCACAACAUGGUAAUGGUUUGUGUGUUAUAAACUUUAAGACAAGGAAACAGAUGCACAGACUGCCAAACAGACAUGAUGGUCCACUAACAUGUUGUUGUUAUUACCAUCCAAAUGACUUUCUGAUAACUGGGGGAUCUGACGGUAAAAUUAAGGUAUUUAAUGGAACAGCCUUCAAUCUACUGCAUGCAUUUAUAGGGCAUAAUGGACUUAUUUCAGAUAUUCAGCCGCAGAUAAAAGAUGCACUACUAUUCUCCUCCUCACAUGACGGUACUGUAAGGAUCUGGCGAGUUGAUAGCAUGCAACUUUUUAUGAGUCUUGACAUUGGAGAGAAAGUUUAUCACAUGGCGUUGCUUAGCAACACAGAAUUUUAUUUCUAUACAGAAAAAAACAUUAUGAUUUACAGCUGUCACCAGUUCUAUGAAUUCUUUGCUCCUGUGGAAUCAGAAACUAAAAGGUUAAUGUGCUGUAGAGCCAAAGACCGACCUAGCCGAAUAUUGGCCUCAACUGAGGAUGGAAGUGUACGUUUAUUCUCACCAAUUACUGGUCUGACCUUGACCAUCAUCUAUCCCAUGCCAUCCUUCCAGGUGUUAAUGUCUUUUGCCUAUGACAUCCAUCAGGAGAAGUUACACACUGUGUUAACAGGGGGAAAAGUUAUUGUUUACAACACUGCAACAAACCCGUGCAAAGCAGUAGAACUGUGGGUACCUAAAACUGAGGAUGAACAUGUCAACAUCUUACUUCUAGUUACCGUGGAAUUUCCAUGUGAAGACGGGACGGAUGUUGAUAAUUUGGUGUUUGCUGGGCUCAAAAAUGGACAAAUUUUAUUAUGCGAUGCAGUAGUGUGCUCUAUGGAAGAUCCUGUUCAGGCACACGAGGGCUCUAUAGUCUGUCUGCAAAACUGCCUACAUUCACCGGACACCGGACAUUUUGGUAGCAGUGAUACCGUUGGCGUGAUUAUAUCCGGUGGGACAGACAAAUAUGUUAAAAUUUGGAACUUACAGAUCAUAUCGGAUGAUAGAAGGCCUAUCAUAAAUCUUUGUCAAGUUUUAAAGAUUUAUCUCCCUUCAGUACCAUUACACAUCAGUAUGUACUCAACAAAUGUGUGGGUUGCCACACAAACAGUAUCAAAAAAGGGACAUAACUCUUGUAAACUUGUGAUGUACAAGUUGAUUCAGAUGGGAAGCUCAAAGACAAUGGCCAGUAAACAGUUAUUACAGAAGAAGUUUGUGCUGAUUGCUCAUCAAGUAACACACCAUGAAGAUGAGGAUCAUACAGGGGAGGUAAGUGUUGGUAAAGAUGCAAAGGGAGGUAAAUACAAGCAAAACUCAUCGGAGGUAAAUCUUAGCUAAGGUUCAAGGGAGGUAAAUGUCAACAAAAGUCAAGGGAGGUAAAUAUCAGCAAAAAUGUGUAAGGAGAGGUUAAUGUGAGCAAAGAUGCAAGGGAGGUAAAUAUCAGCAAAAGUCAUGGGAUCCAACUGGUACUAAGCUAAGGUGUAAGGGAGGUAAAUAUGAGCAAAGAUGCAAGGGAAGGUAAAUUUGAGCAUUGUUGCAAGGGAGGUAAAUAUGAGCAAAGAUGCAAGGGAGGUUAAUGUGAGCAAAGAUGCAAGGGAGGUAAAUGUUAGCUAUAAAAUGCAAGAGGAGGUAAAUGUGAGCUAUAAGAUGCAAGGGGAGGUAAAUGUGAGCAAAGAUGCAAGGGAGGUAAAUGUCAGCAAAAAGUUCAAGGGGAGAUAAAUGUGAGCAAAGGUGCAAGGGAAGUAAAUGUGAGCUUAGGUGCAAGGG